AUGACAAACACAAUUCGGCAACGAAAAGAGAUACCAGCGAGGAGUGGUAAAGGCGGUUCUCAACCAAACGUGGCGAGUAACAAUGAGAGGAUCAAACAAAAUACUGCAACGGAAACAGGAGCUAGGCAGCGGGUAUUGUUCGGGUUUGCCUUCAGUGAACUAACCUCAUGGAAAUCGUUUGUGAGGCUGAUGUGCCGGCCAACAGAUCCGGCAGCUCUCGGAGUUAUGCGAUUUUUGUAUGGUGUGCUGCUUAUGAUCGACACUCUAGAAAAGAAAGGAUUGGGAAAUGCGUCUUUCCGGAGAUGGUCAUCGAAUAGAUGUACUUUUCCAGCAGUAUAUUUUCUGAAACCUCUGCCCCUGGAUUGGAUGUACCUAAUCUAUUUCAUCAUGUUUCUGACUACCAUUGGAAUAGCGUUUGGUUUCAUGUAUCGAUGGUGCCUUGUAGUUUUCAAUGCUAUUUACUGGUAUGUACACUUACUGGACAUGCAAAGAUGGAACAACCAUAGUUACCUAUUCGGACUGCUGUCGUUUCUGCUACUUAUUACGGAUGGUAACAGAUACUUAUCUGUCGACAGUUUAAUUUGGUCAAGACUGCGAAAUCAAGAAGUGCCAUUGUGGAAUUAUACGUUAAUGAGAUAUCAGGUAUUUCUACUGUACUUUUUAGCUGGAAUUAAGAAGUUGGACCCAGAAUGGCUGUAUGGUUACUCCGAAAGAGGACUUUCUGGAAAUUGGGUGUUUGAUAUAUUUAGGCCCUUUCUGAGCAGCGAGAUGAUUGAUCUCUACAUUGUACACCGAUUCGGAUUCUUUCUCGACCUUUCACUGGGUUUUCUACUUUUCUUUGAUAAAACAAGAAAAGUUGGAAUGCUCAUGGCUUUGUCUUUCCAUGCAAUGAAUUCCCAAAUCUUCUCAAUAGGAAUGUUCCCGUACAUUGGAAUUGCUACACUUACAAUAUUCUGCUACCCGGAUUGGCCUCGGAAGAUUGUGAACUGCAUGUUAUUUUGGAAACCCCGGACACCCAUAAUCCUUAAAAGCAAUCCUCACUGUCUCUAUAGUGAAGAUCGCAGAAAUGCGAGCGGGAUAUCACGAUUGGAUGAUGGCGAUAAACUGAAGCAGAUGAAUACACACAGAAACAUUGAUAGCACGCGGUCAAGGUCAUCCCGGCCUAGCACCUUACACACAGUGUGCUCGUUGUUUGUUCUGUUGUAUGCUGCAGAACAGAUGUUCCUUCCGUUUUCAUCUGUUGUUUUUAAGGGACUGAACACUUGGGGAGGAGACCUGUACGGAUAUACGUGGAACAUGAUGAUCCAUAAAUACAAAGUGGACAUAAUCGUCAACGUAAAGGACCUUGAAACAGGCGAGAGAUUUGAUAUAACUGAAUUGUCGUCUCCGCUGACUUUGGGAAGAAGAUAUGCGUACACCCCAGUCAUGCUAGUCCAGUUUUCGAAGUGUGUAGCACGGAAACUGGAGGCUGAAGGACAUAGCAACUUUGCCAUCAACUACGAUGCACAGCUGGCUCUGAACGGAAGAUUUUAUCAAAGGCUUGUUGAUCCUAACAAAGAUAUGCUGACUGCCGAUUGGAACAUAUUUUCAAAAACGGAUUGGUGGAUGCCAGUUACAGAGGAUUUUUGGGAAAUGAGACAGGAGCGAAUUCGUAUUGAUAAAGCUAAAAAUGAUACAACAUCGAAUAUGUACCAUUCUGACUUUCCAGGAUACUACGUGUCUUUCCAUAUCUCUGAUAGGACAGUAAACAACACACUGGAAGUCCUGAAAGGCAGAGUAAUACUGGAGGACCUUACAGAUAAAACAAAUGUCACUGUAAAUGCUGGUGAAAGUGUGAGGUUGUGUCCACGUGACCUGUACCAUUUACACACGGUGUCUAAGAAACCGUCGUAUUUCGUUAUCUCGAAACAAAUUUCGUCGAAUGAUACGAGGUUUCAAAAGUAUAAAGAAGCAGUGGAGGCGAAGGAAGAUGGUGAAGAUCCGGAGGGAAAACUACUGCAGGAAUUCAGCCAAAAAGAAAUACAACGCUUUAAAUUUCUUUUAGAAAGACAAGAUACAAAUGUGAGAAAAAUUGGUUCGAAUUGGAGUGUCCAAGUUUUCAUCACCUUUCUGAAAUCCAAAUAUGCUGUUAUGAAACAUGGACUGAUCAUAUCGAUGGCAGCCAUCCGAAGUAUCGCUGGUGGAGACCCCUUCACUGAAUACAUCACACGUAGACCAUUUUGAGCAUAUACUGUAAUACGUUCAGCGAAACAAUGUAAUUUU